AUGUACCGGCCGUUCCCAGCUUCAAGACGCCAUCCGACCAUCCAUCCCGCCAGCCCCCUUCGACCCGAACGACACUCAACACUCGAGAUGGUAAAAAUCUACAAACCAGGAAAGGUUGCUGUUGUCCUUUCCGGCCGACAUGCCGGAAAGAAGGUGGUCGUCAUCAAGCAAUCCGACGAGGGAACGAAGGAGCGACCCUACCCCCAUGCCGUUGUUGCCGGCAUUGAACGUUAUCCCCGAAAGGUCACACGAGGAAUGGGUCCCAAGAAGAUCGCCAAACGGAGCAAAGUUAAACCGUUCAUUCGGAUCAUCAACUACAACCACAUGAUGCCCACUCGAUACGCCAUCGAAUUGGAUGGACUGAAAGGUCUGAUCUCUUACGAAACUUUCAAGGAGCCUUCUCAACGGGAAGAAACCAAGAAGGUUGUCAAAAAAUUGUUCGAGGAGAAGUACCAAGGUGGAAAAAACAAAUGGUUCUUCACUGCCCUAAGAUUCUAAUUUGCUCGCAAUCACAUCUUGAUGACUACUACGACCAACCCACUCAACUUAGAGAACCCGCACCGAUAUAAUCAAACUUGAACAGAGCCCGUAUCCCUAUACAAGAACCGUUGAGCCACAUUGAACAGCGUUGUCAAUAACAAGAGACAUAAACAUGAGUAGAUUUUAUAGAUAAUUCCGUUUCAAAUGAAGUAGAUGCCUCUAGCAUACCAGCGUGAGUGAACGGGCAUGUCGGGGAGGAAAUCUUGGAUAUCAACAAGAUGAUUAGAAUUGGUAAUAACCGUAGCAUGCGAGCGAUUCCAUCAUUGUGCCCCUACAUAGCAUCUUCCGCUCACGCACCUGAUACAGACAAGCACAUCUUACCCUCCAAGAGCAAUUAGUCUUGUAAUGAAAUAUCGUAAACAAAACGCUGUUGAUUAUCCGUACAGCAAUGGCGUAC